AUGGAAAGCGGAAUAGUCUCCGAUAAUGCGCAUCACCGCCGAACUUGGUACCGCAGCUCAUUCUUCAACAUCACCAUUGUAUCACUAUGCGCCUUCAUCGCACCGGGAUUAUGGGCCGCAAUGAACGGGCUCGGAGGAGCGGGAGCCGCUGACCCUACCUAUAUCAACGCCGCCAAUUCAGUCAUCUUCUGUUUACAAGUGCUGAUGAUUGGAGGUGCUGUUACCAUUGGUGUUCAUGUGCACCGGAAAGAGAAGGGACAUAGUAGCGUUGAAACGUAUCUGGUUUUCAUUGCUAUUCAGGCUAUUGGGCCUUUUGUGGCUUCUUUGCUCUCUCCUCCUGCCAAGGUGCAACGAUCGGACUAUACACCUGUUGUGGUGAUUCUGCCUUCCAGUCUUUCAAAGGAACUGAAGGAAAUGGGCAACCUUCUCUGUCGGAAGGAAGUUCUACUUAUUCCAGAUACUGGGGUUAUACUCGCGAACUUCUCUUUGGGCUUCUUCCUCGACUGGAAGAGACCAAGUAUCAAUACGCGAGCGAUAGUCGCAUUUAUUCUGAUCUAUGCAUUCGAGUUAUCACUUUACAGCUAUGCAAUGGUCAUCACAAAAGAGUACGAGAACCGAGACACCAAGCCUUUCUUUGACUGGACAGACGAUGGUUUCGGAAGAGCAGUAUGCGUCUACAUCCUCAUGCUAGUGGGAUUCAACCUCAUGUAUGACUAUCUCUACUGGCUUGUCGGAACCAUCAACAAAAUUGGCGGGGAGGUAGUUCGACUCAGUGCAGUAAUACGAGGCAUCGAAAGUGCAGGGCAAGCAAUCUCUUAUGGCAUCAAUUCGAUCAAUCAGGACCGAUUUCCCCUAUCCGGCGCUGUCGCGGUCAAUAUGAGCUUUUUCGUGGUUUGUAUCAUUCCGUCUUGGCUUGUUAUUCGGAGGAUUGGGGUGCUGAAUGGGGUCAACGUUCAUUCUAUUAUUCAAGAUGUGGUUGCAGAGGACCCUUAA